AGCUUCGAGUGUCCACACCAGGCGAAGUCCUGACGAAGCAUUCCUGGUGUGCGCUCUCAAGCGAGUGACAGUCAGAAUGGACAACGGAGAAAUGUCAGGUCAUAACUUUGAUGGCGGAUUUAACACGUUGAUUAGUGAAGAGGGCUUGCAGGACGGGGAGCAUCCUAACCCCUCCACUAACCAAGGCAGGAAACAAGAGUUCAGGUACAGUGUGACACUUGGGAGACAUUACAGACCUGCUGUAGUGAGCCUGGCAGUGCUCGCUGCGGUUCUGCUCAUAGUUGAUAUCUGCCUGGGGGUCCGCUACAACAAACUCAAAGACACCCACCUCACACACGAUGACCCAGAAAACAUCAAUGAUGAGCUGAACAAGCUCCACGAUGCUUACAAGACUGCGAUUGAAACAAUGCACAGUUACAAGAAAGAGAUGGACAGAGAGACGAGCCGUCAGACACAAACCAACUGGGAGUCUGAGCACCAGACAAAGAGACAGAGAGACUAUGAAGGGCAGUUUGAUAAACUGACCAAGGACCUUGCAACACUGAGACACCGCUUACCGAUGAUUAGGGACGGCUGCAGACGCUGUCCACCGGGCUGGGUUUUGAUGAACUCGCUGUGUUACUACUUUUCUUUCGCUACCGUUACUGGAUAUAAAUCAUGGCAGAAAGCCAGAGAUUUCUGCAGGAUGUUUGGAGGUGACCUUGCAGUCAUUGACAGCAAAGACAAAGAGAACUCAACUGUAAAUUACUUGAUAAGUUUUCUAACCUCAAAGUCCAACAUGGGCUUCUGGAUUGGACUGAAAGACUCCCACGAGGAAGGGACUUGGAAAUGGUUGGAUGGAACAAUACUGGUUGAGGGGUAUUGGAAUGAAGGAGAACCAAAUGAUAUCAACAAUGAGGACUGUGCUGGGGUUUAUCCCAGAGAAAACUUCUUCAAGGCCUGGAAUGAUGUCAGUUGUGAUGCCAUGAUGAAAUGGAUAUGUGAAAAAGCACCGACGUCUACGAGCUAACAGCGUGUAUGUACUGCAUUUGCCUGCAAGAUGGACUGUUUGUCUAAUUGAGAGACCUGUAGACACAGCACCUGUACGCAGUAUACAAACUUUUAAUAAAUGGUUUAUAUUCUAGUUGUAGAAGAAAGAAGAAGAAUGACUAUAUUAAUUAAUGUACAGUACAGUGCUUUGAUACAAUACAGAAUGAAUACAUAACUUGUCCUAUGAAGACACUGUAUUUUAUAUUAUUACAGCUGUGUUUUACUAUCCUGUCGUUCAUCACCUGUUUAUAAUGCAUGGAUAAUACAUUCAUAAACUCCUUACAGCUACAUUAUUCUAUGUUAUAAACCAUUAAUUCAAUGUUUAUACGCUGCUUUGUUAUGCUAAAUAGGGGACUUGAAGUGUUACAAACACACCUGAGGUCAGUUCUCAAAAGUCUGUAAAUAGCAGGAAAAUCCCUGCUCCAUUUAAGGUGUAUAUUGCUAACAUGAAAACAUUACGUACCAGAAAUGUUGACCAAGAUGGCUGCAAAACAAGGAGACAUGCAAGUGCAGCUCUCACUUUGUUAAUAAAACUUCUUUACUGCACAA